CCGCGUGUCGGUAACCAGGCAUUUGCGGAUUACAUUGAUGCCCAUGUUGCGAGUCAGGUUGAUGGUAUGAUGGGACUUAGCCGUCUUAACUACAGACAAGACCCUGUCCCUUUAAUCCCAUGCAGGGAUUGGGGGUUUCACCAUCCGAGCGGCGAGGUACAUGUUCAAGAAUCCGGGGAGUGGGACUCGUGCGCCGGU